UAUGAGGUUGAUUGGAAGUCUAGAAUCAUAGCUGUAACAGAUUCCUAUGUGGUUCUUGACAAACCAGCUGCGACUUCAGUAUGUAACUCUGAUAAUUGUAGGAGGAUCAUCUGAUAACAUAGAAGAAACUUGUGCAACUUUUGCUUCUCGUGUUCUAGAAUUAGAUACUCCUUUGAAGACUACUCAUCAGCUAGAUAACUGCACAGAAGGCUGCCUCGUACUGGCGAAAACAAAGGAAUUCUGUUCUGUUUUCCAUGGGAUGAUUAGGGAAAAACAGGUAAAAAAGCUUUAUCUUGCACUUGCU